AUGUUUUACAACCUUGCAGAUGCUCAAGGUAUUUGGGAUGCGGUGAAUACUAGGACUUCAACUUCAGCUUUAGAUGAGUGGGGCAGAAGUAGAAGUUCCAAUAUUCACCGUAAUCCAAAUACCUUAAGCAUCUACAAGCUGAGUAUUAGGACUUCAACUUCCCCUACCCUAGUUGUAGAAGCUUCUACUUAUAUGCGUGAGGUGGAUCUUCUUGUGGAUGUUGUGGCUAAUUUGACAGUGAGGAACCAAGGCUCUGGUUUUGACGAAUAUGGCCCAAAAGGAGGAACAAUAGUCCUCGGAUUGAGUUUUAUCCAAAAUGGACUCAGGUCGCUGAGGAUGGUGCUUUAG